AGCUGGCGCCGGGGCAGCGGCGGGGCGGCGGCGGGACGGCGAUGUGAGGCGGGACGGCCAUGUCGGGGUGCGCGUGGGGCGCGGCGCCGCCGCUGCUGGAGGCGCUGGGCCGGCUGUGGGAGGUGCAGGCGCCGCUGGGCAGCGGCUCCUCGGCCUCGGUGUACCGGGUACGCUGCUGCGGGGAUCCCCGGGCCCCCCCCGGCGCCGUCAAGGAGUUCGUGCCGCCUCCGGGGCCGCGGCCCGGCCCCGCUCACCGCCCCGGCGCCCGCCCCCCCGCCGCCGACUGCGCCGAGUAUGGGUUCCGCAAGGAGCGCGCCGCGCUCGAGCAGCUCCGCGGGCACCGCAACAUCGUGACACUCUACGGUGUGUUCACUAACCACUACUCAGCCAAUGGCCCAUCUCGCUGCCUGCUGCUGGAGCUGCUGGACAUCAGCGUGUCUGAGCUGCUGCUUCACUCCAGCAACCAGGGCUGCUCCAUGUGGAUGAUCCAGCACUGUGCCCGAGAUGUCCUAGAGGCCCUGGCUUUCCUGCACCACAAAGGCUACGUGCACGCAGAUCUCAAGCCACGCAACAUCCUGUGGAGUGCAGAGGAGGAGUGCUUUAAGCUCAUUGACUUUGGACUUAGCUUCAGGGAGGGGAAUCAGGAUGUGAAAUAUAUUCAAACAGACGGGUAUCGGGCUCCAGAGGCAGAACUGCAGAACUGCCUGGCACAGGCAGGGCUCCAGAGUGAGACAGAGUGUACCUCUGCUGUGGAUCUAUGGAGUCUGGGAAUCGUUCUACUGGAAAUGUUCUCAGGAAUGAAACUGAAACAUACAGUCCAAUCUCAGGAAUGGAAGACAAACAGUUCUGCCAUCAUUGAUCGCAUAUUUGCCAGUGAGGGAGUGGUUAAUUCAGCUAUUCCAGCUUAUCACCUCAGAGACCUUAUCAAAAGCAUGCUUCAUUGUGACCAAGGAAAACGAGCCUCUGCUGAGAAGGCUUUGUGCAGCCCAUUCUUCAGCAUUCCCUUUGCUCCCCAUAUUGAAGAUUUGGUGAUGCUCCCCACCCCUGUGCUGAGGCUGCUAAAUGUUCUAAGUGAUGCUUCUCUGCAGUGUGAAGAAGAAUAUGAAGAUAUCCUGGAAGACAUAAGGGAGGAGUGUCAGAAAUACGGACCGGUGGUUUCCUUGCUUAUUCCAAAGGAGAAUCCUGGUAAAGGCCAAGUCUUUGUUGAAUAUGCAAAUGCUGGAGAUUCCAAAGCUGCCCAAAAAAUGCUGACUGGAAAGAUUUUUGAUGGCAAGUUUGUUGUGGCUACGUUUUACCCACUGAGUGCCUAUAAGAGAGGAUAUCUGUACCAAAACUUGCUGUAGGCAGUAGUAACAAUCAGGAGAGCUGUCUUGCUCCUCUUCCUCACAUGUUUUACAGUUGAAUGUGCAAAAGAGCUUCCUAGCCCUGCUUCCCAGUCAUCUGUGAAGGAGAGGUGCAAAGGACUUGAAUGGGCUUUGAAACUUCCCUGCUGCUUUGUGAUGUGCUGAGGAGGCCAGGACGCUUUUGGUGUGUGCUCGUAUGUGCGCUGUGCUUGCUCGUUUACAGGGGGUGUGGCUCUGCCCGGGGCACCCGGCUGGCAGCUCUGGGGACAGGGGCAGCCCGGGAGGCCCAGCAGAUCCUGGCAAGGGCUUCUCCGUGAUUGGAAGUGAGACCCAAGUCUUCGCCUUAGCACUGGGCUUGGCUCGGGGGAGAAGAUUUCUUUGUUAAACUUUCCUAUAAUGCAAGUCCCCUUCUCCAGUGUUGGGGGAGGAGGAAGAGGAGGAGGACGACUUGCCUGCUUUUUGUUGAUACCUGUUAUAAAUAAGGAAGCAGAAACAUCCUCUCUAAAGCAUAUGAGGAGGACUUUUGAGUCUUUUCCUCACACAGGGCAGAGGGAAGCAAUGAAAUUGGAUCUGCUGAGCCUGUGGGGUUACCCUGUGGUCCUGACCUGAGCAGAGCCAUGCAGCUGAUGCUGGGCUGGGCAGUGAGGUGUGGAUGAUGCUGCCUGUGGGGAGCUGAGCUUGCUUGUAUGCCUGGGGUGGGCCGGGACUGAUGGUGGAGACCUGGUCAGACCAGUGCCAGCCUCAGUCCCAACACAACCUGUAAGCACUUUGUAGCCUGAGUAGAUGUGAAAACCAUGCUGUGUGGAUUCUUCUUUCUAGCACAUACCUUGUACUGGCACUGAUGCGCCCUAGCUCUGAUGCCAAAUCAUCUGUGAUAUGUAAGUGUCUUUCAGUGAUAUUUUUGGGAAGGAGUGCUACAGCACACGGUAUUCUUUGUGUCACAGCAGGACUCCUGCCUUGGGAGUCUUACAAGAACAAAUAUUUGUCUGUUGUAGGUCCCA